CUACUCUGCCGGGCAUGUGGGAGCGCACCAUCACCAUUGGAUCGGCGGGGAAAACGUUCAGUGUGACCGGAUGGAAGCUGGGAUGGGCCUAUGGACCGGCCAACCUCAUGGAAAACCUCCGAAUAGUUCAUCAGAACUGUGUCUACACAUGUCCUACUCCGAUUCAAGAAGCCGUGGCCAGAAGUUUUGAGCUAGAGAUGACGAGACUGGACAGCCCGGAUUGUUUUUUCAAUGAAAUUUCGGCCAUUCUUGAGCCGAAACGAGAUUUCCUGGUGAAUGCACUGACGCACAUUGGCAUGAAGCCAGUCAUUCCUGAAGGAGGAUACUUUGUUGUGGCUGACUGGACUCCUUUAGAAAACUCCGUCAAUCUCUCUAAGGAAACGGAUAAGUACAAAGAUUAUAGAUUUGCCAAGUUUUUGACAAAGAACAUCAGUCUGCAGGGCAUCCCAGUUUCACCAUUCUACUGUGAACAGCACAAACCUCUCGCCUCCAAUCUCAUUCGGUUUUGCUUUAUCAAGAAAGAUGAAAAUCUCCAGAAAGCUGCUAAACUUCUCCGGGAUUGGAAGUCAUCGAAACUGUAAACUUUACUGAAAUGAAUCAAUCAAGUGCAUUUUACUAAUUCUAUCAAACCUUAUGGGGUUAAAGACUUAUGUCUAUCAAUUAUGAAAAUGAAAGUAAACAUAAUGGGAAGCUACAGGUUGGGUUCUAAACAAUUUUAUUAUCACAGACUGUACAAAUCCUAUGCAUCCGUAGCCUAUAACAGAUGUUUAUUAUCUCUAUCAGAGCACCAGCUUUUGUCUAAUUUUUGAAAUAAUGUGCAACUUUAAUUCAAAUGGUGUGUGAAUAGUAUAAUAUUAUCAUUCCAUUAUGGAUUCAGAACCAAUAAUUGUUUUGGCUAUUUUUUCUUGCAAAUUAAAAUCAAAACAGACAUUCACGCUCAGUUCAAAAGUUAUUUUGUAGGUUGCACUAUUAUUUCCGUGCGCCAUGUAAAUAAAAUAAUUAUUUAUGCUUUGUUAAUUUGAGAAAUCUAGAACAAAUAGUUUGUUCAAGUAUCAGAUUACGACUAUUUUUCUUUCACAGUAUGGAAUUUCAAUUCCAUUCAACUGUAUCUGUGAUAGCUUUCAAGUUCAUUUAUUAUAUUAUAUUUUCAAAAUAAAUAUAUUUUUGUUGCUA